GAUCUUGGCGAUGGCAAUGGAUACGUUCAGUCAAUGCCAAUAAUGGAAAUAGAUAAUGAAUAAGUACUGUCUAUGGUCUCGACUCUCGACGAAUGGUUUUGGAUUUUUUCUCACCUCUAUUUCACAAAUGGUUUCUCAGGUAACUCUAUAUCUCUGGUUUGUUUCCGAAUUUCUGUUUCGUUCGUUGUUGGUUGCUGUCGUUUAUCGUUUUUACGAAGCGAAUUUGUUGUAUUUUGCUGUGUUAGUGUUCUUAUCAGCAUAUUUGUUGAAUAAUAAAGUUAAUUUUAAUUGGAGCACAACUUUAUUUAUUCGCUGAAGUGGUGGAGUUUUUAAUAUCAUUACGUUAAUUUAAUUUGUUGUGUUAUGUACCUGUGUGGAGCAUGGAUGCCUGCUGAGGAAUGUCGGAAUACGCUCUUGAUUUAGUAUUCUGUGUGUGUUCGUAACUACUUAAAGCUCGGAGUACACACCUCGAAAGUAACUUGCACACUACACUAUGUUUUCUAAGAAAAAGAAAAAGCCUCUGAUUUCGCCGCCAAGUAAUUUUGAACACAGAGUACAUACGGGCUUCGAUAAACGAGAGGGAAAGUUUGUUGGACUUCCUUUGCAAUGGGCCUCACUUGUAGGUAAUAACCAGAUAUUAAAAUCAACAAACAGACCACUUCCCCUGGUAGACCCAUCAGAAAUCACACCCACCGAAAUUCUAGACUUAAAAACUAUAGUAAGAGGUGACCAUAGAACUACCUCAGUGUCCUCAAUAGCACGCCCCCUACCCUCAAGCAUACCACAACAACCAGUACAAAAUGGUGUUGUGUUGCCAAAGACAUCAAAUGUUGCCAGGUCAAAUUCUUUAAGGAGUACUAGCCCACCGAGGAUCAGGAGGGACUUGAGAAGUCAGCCUAAUGUCCCUCCAUCAGUUCCUGAAGAGUCACCACCUGUGCCACCUGCCCCUCAGCAAUACUUGAGUUUGAGACGAGAACACAGCAAUUAUACAUUGAACAAGCCUAUAGCUGAGUCUCCUGUAGAAUGGAGCCAGCAUGCACAUGAGGCUACAGUUAGACAAGUACCAGAAAUCAAUGACAAUCAUCAUCCUAUGACUUAUCAGAACAUACAGAAUGCGAAUGUGCCUUACCAACACAAUCAUCCACCACAACCAAUGACUCAUGGACCUCAUGGACUGAAUGGAAACAACAUCAACAUGGGUGACGCGUAUGGUGUGUCUCGCGCGCAAGGUGCCCCGGGCGCGGCGCCUCACCUGCCGCUCGCUGCCUCUAAACAUGAACUGCGAUUGACGCAUGAACAGUUUCGAGCGGCUCUUCGUUUGGUUGUAAGCGAGGGUGACCCUCGUGCGACGCUGAGCGGGUUCAGUAAGAUCGGCGAGGGUAGCACGGGGGUUGUAUGUGCCGCCACGGACACUCGUACGCGUCGCCGUGUCGCCGUCAAAAUGAUGAACUUGAGGAAACAACAGAGGCGGGAACUACUUUUCAAUGAAGUUGUUAUAAUGCGCGACUAUCCUCAUCCAAACAUAGUCGAGAUGCAUGCCUCAUAUUUAGUUGGAGAUGAACUUUGGGUUGUGAUGGAGUACAUGGCGGGAGGCGCCCUUACUGAUAUUGUGACGAGGGCUCGAAUGGACCCUGAACAAAUCGCUACCGUCUGCAAACAGUGUUUGAAGGCGUUAGCAUUCCUGCAUAGUCAAGGAGUUAUUCAUCGAGAUAUUAAAUCGGAUUCCAUUCUUAUGACUGCGGAUGGCCGGGUGAAAUUAUCUGAUUUUGGCUUUUGUGCUCAAGUCUCAGAGGAACUUCCCAAACGAAAAUCCUUAGUGGGGACACCAUAUUGGAUGUCACCUGAAGUGAUAUCAAGAUUGCCAUAUGGUCCUGAGGUGGAUGUGUGGUCACUUGGUAUCAUGCUUGUGGAAAUGGUCGAUGGGGAGCCGCCUUUCUUCAAUGAACCGCCUUUACAGGCGAUGCGUCGUAUCCGCGACAUGCCGCCGCCUCGACCGCGUGGCGCGGCGCGGUGCCCGGCGGACUUGUUGAGCUUCGUGGAGUGCGCCCUGGUCCGGGACCCGGCGCAGCGCCAGUCCGCGUCCCGCCUCCUGCAGCACCCGUUCCUGCGCCGCGCCGGCCCGCCCGCACUGCUCGUCCCCCUAAUGCCACCAGCUCACCAUCACUCCGCGCCACACCACGCACCCAAUGAUCCCGCCGCCAAUCAAUCUAUGUCACCCGGACCGCCUCAGUCAGGUCGAUAAAACUGGUCAAAUGCUGAACAAAUAGAGUUGUUACCGUGAGUGUAACAUGGCAGCUAUUUAUACAGAUGUAAUUCUAAGCUUUAGUAAAUAGACGAAAAUAUCGAACAUGACAUACCAAAGUUGUUGUAAUGCAACUUGUUUAUUUUGUGUGCAGCACUAAAGUAAGACAAAUACUUAGCCACUGCAGCCCCAGUGAUCAUUCCAUUAUUUAUGUAUUUCCUUUGAAACCAAUGGUAUUUAUAACUACAUUCCUUCCGACUUUAUACUCUUUUUGUAUUUACAAAUAUGUGUAGUUUAUUGAGUAAGUGUACUUUUGCUGUGUUAAGGGCCUCUAGGGAACGUGUUUAUUAUGAUACAUAAUAAUUGGUAUCCAAAUUUCCGCCCCGUCCAGAACUUAGUAUAAAAUUGUUGAAUAUCUUAUACUAAAGUAUAUUUCUAUCAAAGUUAAAUUAGCGUGUUGUGAAAAAUACAUAUUUUCUUCUACUCUACAUGGUUAGUGUUUGUUUAUAAAUGAAAUGUUUUGUAAAAAGUGAUUUCUUUAAUUAACUGUAAUUAAAAUUAGAACCAUGAAGUGCCAGAAAAUUAUAAAAAUCGAUUAUAAAUCAGUAUUAUGGAUUGCCUUGUACUUAUUAUUAAAAAACUUAUACACUUUUCUUUAGGUUAGGAUUUAGUGAAUCAGUAAUUUAUUAAUAUUUUCUAAAACUAUCUAACAUUCCGAUGAAGGAUCUUCCUGUGUUGUUAUACCAAGAUGAUGGUCAGUCACAAAUAUUUCUGGAGUCUUGUGUUAAUAUUUUAUGCGAUUAAUGUUACUUAUUUUUCUAAAUUAGUUUUUACAUUUCUUCUGUAAUGUACUGUGAUUUCAAGCGCCUAUAAUAUAGAGCCCGUCUUGUCGUGCGUUACGUUAACGUGCCUAUUAACGUUUCCUUACUGUAACUGAAGUGUACCUAUAUAUUAAAAUGUCGGCUAAGAUUUAUUACUGUGUAGUUCAAGCAGCUAGACAAGAGAAACUAAAUCUAAAUUAUAAUUUUAGAUAUUGACAUGCCUUAUUAGGAUCUGUAGUGCCUUAUAAAGCCUUUAUUGUUAAUAUGUAGUGAACUAGUUAUUGCACUUGAUAUUAUUUGUUACAAUAUCUAAGGUGAGAAUGACAUUGUUAAUAUUAUGUAAUAUUAAGCACAUCACAAUGAUAUUCAUCUUAAUUCUCAGUUGAUGAAGUGGAAUCUAUUCUAAUUUAUUGUUUUACAUUCACAUCAUUUUUAUAAGGUAUUAUGCCAAAUAUAUUGUAUUAUUUCAUAUUUGUAAAAUCACAUUGUUAAGAACUGUUACAGAAUAUAGACUUUGAAACUA